AUGGCGACCCAUCACGGGACCGUCAGAAAGCGCAAUCCCGAGUCAUCGGCCAAGGUCGAAUCGGGCGGCCUGGGCGUGGCCGGAGAUGACGAUGUACUACCACACCCAGCGGGAGAAGUCAAGUACAGCGGCGCCAGCCAAGUCAUUCGUGCGCUCCUGCUUGCGACAUGGUUCAACUGUGGGGCAGUCUGCAUCAAUGCCACCCAAUUCCUUGGUGCACCGCUGUAUUGGAUCAACAAGGACUACUACUAUGCGUACAUGGCUUUGACGAAGCAGUCGUUUGCUAUCAUGGGCAUUGCAGGAACCAGGUGGUUCGCACCUACAAAAGUCCGCGUGAGUUGGGACAAAGAACUGCGAGGGCAAUUUCGCAAGACAUCGGCAGGGAGACUUGAGACAAUGUUUCCGGAGCGGCUGGUUUACGUUGCCAACCACCAGGUGUACACCGAGUGGCUGUACCUCUGGUGGAUCGCGUACACGAGCAGGAUGCACGGACACAUCUUCAUCAUUCUCAAAGAGUCACUCAAGUAUGUGCCGAUCUUGGGCCCGGGCAUGAUGUUCUAUGGCUUCAUCUUCAUGGCCCGCAAGUGGCUGUCCGACAAGCCGCGCCUGGAGCACCGGCUGAACAAACUCAAGACCCGCCACAAGGGCCCGAUGUCUGGCUCGGACGGGCUGGACCCCAUGUGGCUGCUGAUCUUUCCCGAGGGCACGAACCUGUCCGCAAACAUGAGGACGGGAAGUGCCAAGUGGGCCGAAAAGCAGGGGAUACCCGACAUGAAACACCAGCUUCUUCCGCGAAGCACCGGUCUCUUCUUCAUUCUCCAGCAACUGCAGGGCACUGUUGACUGGGUGUAUGACUGCACCAUUGCGUAUGAAGGGACGCCGAAAGGAGGAUUCGCCCCGGAGAUCUUCACCAUCCGCUCAACCUAUUUACAGGGUCGCCCACCAAAGAGCGUGAACAUGUAUUGGCGUCGCUUUUCCGUGUCUUCCAUCCCUCUCGCCGACGGCAAGGAGUUUGAGAAGUGGUUGAUCGAGCGAUGGCGCGAGAAGGAUGAAAUCCUCGAGCAGUGGUACAACACUGGCCGAUUUCCAUCCGACGCCGAGUCGGCGGACCCCAAGAGUGGUAUUUCCAAGGACGGCUUCAUCGAGACCGAGAUGACGCUUAACAACUGGAUGGAAAUUGGUCAGCUCUACGUGGUGUUGGCUACCCUUGCUUUGGUCAUCAACGUGGUGCUCAAGUUUUUCGGGCUGUUUUCGAAAUUAGGAUGA